AUGAAUUCCGCUGGAGACCGAUCUGUUAUCUCGAACGACAUGCAGGAGCUUCGCGAGGGCAAGGAGGAGAUUUCGCACAAGAUACAGGGUCACAAGGCGAACCUGUCCAACCCCAACACCAGCGAGGCUAGCAAGGAGAACAGCAAGAAAGAGAUUGAGAACCUUGGAGGCGAUGCCAACCACUACGGAAAGCAGGAUGAUCCCCACAGCAAGAGCGCUGCUGAAAACCUGGAGGGAACUCGAGCUGCUUAG